AUGUUUAAAAAACCACCAACUAGUAAAGCUUCAGCUAAUAUUAAAUCAUCUGAUCGAAGAAAAUUAUUGGCUACAAUAUGUAAAACUUAUAAUCUACCACUUGAUGAGAUCUCAAAAGAAGGUUUAGAGAAUAUUUUACCAUCAAUAAGUAAAAAAGCAACUUUUAUUACAUCAACUGGAGUGACAGGAAUUUUAUAUUUAAAUGAACAAGAACUACCAACAUGGUUUCAAACUAGAGAUUCACAAUUAUAUCCAUCAAUUUUAACUUGUUGGAAAUGUCCUUAUUUAUUACCUUUAGUGAAGACUCAUCCUCAUGUAAUUGAUGUUUAUUUGGGUAAAGGUGCUGAUUUAAUGUUACCUGGAACUAUUCCGCCAUUUGAUAAAAGAGCAACCAAGCAUACCGUUGUUGGAGUUGUAAGUAGUGAUAGUCCUAAUAGAAUAAUGGCUAUUGGAACUUGUAAUUUGAAUUUAACUCAAUUCGAUAACGUUGUAGGUAGAUCUGGUACUGCUGUGAAUAUUUUACAUCAUUAUAAUGAUGAGUUGAUGAAAUUAAAUAAAGAAAUAGAUAUUGAAAUUCCAGAGACUGUGGAUGAAGUGAUACCCAAAAAGGAGGUUGAGAACGAGUCAAAAGAGGAUGUUGUUCAAGAAACGGAAUCAAAUGAACCCGUGGAGGAAGCAAAUAAUGAAGAGGCCAUACAAGGAACCUCACAAAACGAAGUAGACGAAGACGACUUAGCAGAAGAAGUAGCGACCUUAACAGUCGAAGAAUUAGACAAUUUUUUCAUUCGUUCUUUACUUCAAACCAUUAAACUAGAGAAAUUGGAAUUACCAAUGUCAAGUAAUGUAUUUUCAACUUUUAUAUAUAAGAAUUUACCAAUUAUGGAUUCAAAAUAUGCAAAUAUUAAAAAGACAUCAUGGAAAAAAAUUUCAAAAUUUUUAAAAGAAAUGAAAAAAUUAAAAUAUCUUGAUAUAAAGGGAAAAGAUGAAGAUUUAACUAUAAUAAGUUUAAUUUCAAAAGACUCAUCAGUUAUUGAAAAUUUCGUACCUCAUAAAAUCAACAAACCAAAAACCUCAAAUAAUGGAAAUUCAAAUAAAUCAUCAAUGACUAUAAGAACAUUAUAUAAACCAACAAGUAAAUCGAGAAUGUUUUUUAAUAAAAUAAAUGAAGAAUAUGAUGAAUUAUAUACAUUAGGUGAAUUAAAAUCAAAAUUUGAAAAUUAUAUAAAACAAUUUAAAUUACCAAUUGAAAAUAAUCCAAAAAAUAUAAUACUAGAUGAAAUAAUAAGUAAACCAAUAAAUAAAUCAGAAGGUACAACCAUGGCAAGAGAUGAAGCAUUUAAAGAAUUUUUAAUAAAUUUUUCACCAUAUUAUGAAAUUAUAUCAAAAAAUGAUAAUCAACCACAAAAAAUUAUAUCAAAAGGUGUUCCCCCCAAAAUUCACAUCGUUACAGAAAUAAAAAUUGGUCGAAAAAUAAUAACAAGAAUUGGGAACUAUGAUAAAUUUUUUUUAAAACAAGGUUUAUUUAGUGAAGAAUUAAGAAUUAAAUGUUCUGGUUCAACAACUAUAUUAGAAGAUGAUCAAAUUCAAGUUCAAGGUCCUCAUGGGCUUUUAAUUAUUGAAAUUUUAAAAGGAAAAGGUAUACCUAUUUCAUGUAUUGAAUUUAUUGAUAAAGUUAAAAAGAAAAAGAAAAGAUCAUAG